AUGGCCACAAUGCUGAAACCGAAUCCAGGAAUGGAACGCGAAUCAAAUCUGCGGGAAAUCCGAACAUUCAUCAACAAUGGUGACAUGAAGGUUGAAGAGUUCCAAAACAAGCUCGGCGUGAGCGCCGCGUCGUACAGGGCGUUCAUGAACGCGAGCGCACCCUCCAACGGGAUGCAAAGCGACACGUUCAUCAGUGCAUGUUUCUUCUUCAAGAAACGCGAGAUAGCCGGCUUGAAAAUGCCACGAGCGAAGAAAGCCAAGACUUCGGACGGGGCAACGACCAAGAAAGUCAGUGCGGCCGAGAAGGAUAAAACCGACGACAAAUAUGACGUGUCUGGGAUCACGCUCGACCACGAAGACAAGCUCCCCGUGCCCAUCUACGACACGUGUGACGAUCUUCGCACAAAGAUCAACCAGUAUAUGCAAGGGAACGCCAACAGCACGAACGCAGGGUUCGUACGCAUCAUCAACGCGGCCGCCUUCCCCGUCAACGCGACCAAACCGACCAUCGCGACGCCAGCUCAGAUGUCUACAUUCCUCAAAGGAAGCGGGCCCGUAAAGGGCGCCGGGAGCCCGGUCUUCUACGUCGCGUACGUCUUUUCGAGAAACUGCGCGUCCGCGAACGGGAAGCCGAAGACGAAGAAACGUGAGGAGCUGGAGAAAGUGGGGAAGAACAGCGGCAUGGACAGGGAGGAUUUCACCAACAGACCCAUUUUCGCGAGAGCCGAUGAGGUGCCAUACAUCAACUCCUAUGGUCAACUUCAAAUUGGAGGCCGGACGCCUGCUCGGGCUAGGUACAAUUAG